AUGAUGAUAAAUUUCAUACCGACGACAGAAAAUGUGGAAAUUCUUUAUUUCGAACAUAUUGCUCAUAUACAAUACUUUUCAUCUUUCAUGUUCAAAGAUCACGAAAAAUGGCAUGAAUUUUUAAAUAUAUUAUUCAAGAAUAGUUCGACAUAUAAAGUGACAGAUACCUUAAGGGCAUUUUAUAAAAUUAUUCCUAUUCACAUUUCAGAAGAUGAGCGCGAAGACAUAUUUAUGUAUUUCAAAAACUAUUUUAUGUUAAAUAUCAAUAAUGUAAAAUUGUCAUCCGACGAAUUGGGUUUAAACAUCUUUGGUUUAGGACGACUUUCCAUUGCAUAUAACAAAUUCUCACCAACCGAGAUAAAUGAACUUUUUCAAAUUAUCUCUCAUCAAGCAUUAUUGUAUUCAGAAAAAAGAGAGCAAGAAGAUAAAAAUAUUCAAUUACUGCCAGAUUAUUUACAAGCUCUAUCCGAAAUUUUAAAUUACUUGCCAAGCAUUUCUUUAUAUAAAUUGAAUAUUAUAAUUAAGUUUAGUAUAUUGAAUGUUAAGAAAUUUGCAGAAUUGAAAAUAAGAAAUCAAACCAAUGCAAUAGAUGCGUUAAAAACCACAUUUGUUAAUAUUAAACGAUUGGAAAACAAUUUACAGAGACAGUAUUUUCAUGCCUUAUUUUACGAAGGCACUUUAUGGUCCUGUUCACACGCUUUAUUUGUUGAUAUAGAGCUUCAACAAGAGAUUAAAAAUCUUUCAGAAUAUCCCCUUUGCUACAAAAAUUAUCUACCUCUUUGGCACUCAUUAUUCAAAAUAGAAAAUUAUCAAGUUUACAGAGGAAAAUUCUGCAAAUAUGUUGUGCCCUUAAUUGCGAUUCCAUACUCGAGGAUAAGACAUGCUCAGAAGCAGAAGCGUCUUGGAAUAUAA